AUGCAGCUACAGUAUAUGCAGGACACGGCACAACAUAAGGCACACGGUGUAUACCAUCUAGGUCAGGCGAACCUGGAACCAUCGGCAAAAAUCCAGCAAAUCAUCACCCUUGCCCUGAAUAUUUUAGAAUAUUUUACGGAGGGUCCGAAGGAUCGACGUUGGCCUGCCGAAUUGGGUGGCCUCGGACUUCACAUGUGA